CCAUGUGUUUACCCCAAAAUAUGGACGUUAUUGUAACGUAUAAUGCAUAAAAUUAAGUAAUUGUUUACUUUCUAUUCAAAAUAUGGGGAAGCUGAAUGUGGUGGUGUUGAGAUAUCUGUCCCGCGAUGACUUUCGGGUCCUUACGGCGUAUGUGGUUUAUAGGGAGAAAUAAAUGGAAAAUGCAUCGUUUCUUACAAUCUUCAUCAAUGACAAUAAAUCUGACCAAUCUAAAUCUAUGAGCAAAAACGGAUGGAACCUACUCGGGUGAGAGGCGAAACGUCUUCUAUGACAGACCAGUUGCAAUUGAUUGAAUGCCGUUGAGAUGGGAAUGAAGAACCAUGAGAUUGUUCCUGUGAGCCUCCUCUCUUCGAUUGCCAGCCUCAAACAUGGCGGCUGCAACAAGAUCCUUCGAGAGCUCGUCAAACAUAAACUUGUGGCCUACGAACGCACCAAGACUGUGCAGGGCUACAGGUUGAUUUAUGGAGGAUAUGACUACUUAGCCUUGAAGACCUUGUCCUCCAGAGAUGUGAUCACUUCAAUCGGAAAUCAGAUCGGAGUAGGGAAAGAAUCAGAUAUUUAUAUUGUAGCGAGUCCAGAUGGGGAACAGUAUGCCUUGAAGCUUCAUAGAUUGGGUCGUACCUGCUUCAAGAACCUAAAGAAUAAGAGAGAUUACCACAAGCACAGAAAGAACAUGUCUUGGCUCUACCUCUCUCGCCUCUCCGCCAUGAAAGAGUUUGCCUAUAUGAAGGCACUUUACGACAGAGGCUUCCCUGUGCCAAAGCCUGUGGACUAUAACAGACAUGCAGUAGUGAUGGAGCUCAUCAAUGGAUAUCCACUGUGUCAGGUGCACGAACUGCAAGAUGCGGCGGCCUUGUACAGCGAGUUCAUGGAGCUCAUCAUCAAACUGGCCAACCAUGGCCUGAUUCAUGGAGAUUUUAAUGAGUUCAAUCUGAUGCUCGAUGACCAAGACCACAUUACUAUGAUUGACUUCCCACAGAUGGUGUCCACCUCUCACGCUAAUGCUGAAUGGUAUUUUGACCGUGAUGUGAAAUGCAUAAGAGACUUUUUUGCCAAACGAUAUCAUUACGAGAGCGAGCUCUUCCCAACCUUCAAAGACAUCAGACGCUCAUGUUCUCUGGAUGUUGAGGUCUCAGCAAGUGGCUUCACCAAAGAUCUGGAAGAAGAUGCUGCGUUUCUACAACCGACUGGACCUGAGGGAGAAAAUGAUGAUGAGGAGGAUAGCAACGAAGAGGAGACCUUUGAAGAAGUAGAACAAAAAGAACAGAGUGUGGAUGUAACAGAAUACAAUAAUGCAGUGCUGGAACUUGAGGGUUUGAAAGUUAGCAAUACAAAAACUGACAUACAGGAGGAGGAAGAGAGUGAAACAGCAGAAAAAAAGGUUGAAAAUAGUAAAGACAUUGGAGAGAUGGUUCUUGAAGUGAGAACCAAUGACAUGACUGGGCAUGAUUUGGGGGAAGAGUUGGAGGAUAACUUUCCAGAAAUGUCUGAACUUUCUUCAUCCAACAAAGAGUUCAAACCUUUCAGAGACUCGGACAGCCUUCUCCACAUGGCCGAGCACAGGAGGAGGAGGACAGACAGUGAGGCUACUAUGGGCAGCACAGGCAGCUGCUCCACCAUCCCAGCAGAGGUUGUCCGUCAGAAGGUGCGGAAGCAGCUCACCAAACAACAGAAGUCGGCACUGAGAAGACGUCUGCAGAAGGGAGAGGCCAACUUGCAGACGCAGUCCAGGAGAGAGAAUCAAAACAACAUCAAGUCUAGUCUAGAGACCGCCAGCUUUUGGGGGUGAUUCAGUCAACUGGUACUCUGCCGUCAUCCGGAUCCGGAAAGUAGUCAGUGUUUCACUUUUUCCAUAUUUUGUUAUGUUGGAGCCUUAUUCCAAAAUGAAAUAAAUUCAUUUUGUCCUCAGAAUUUUACAGACAAUACCCCACAAUGACAAUGUUAAAAGUUUAUGUUUUUUUUCUAAUUUAUUAAAUGUAUUAAAAAAUAGAAAAUCACAUGUAGAUAAAUAUUCGCUGCAUGUGUGCAAUACUUCGCUAAUGCACCUUUGACAGCAAUUCCAGCCUCAAGACUUUUUGAAUACAAUGUUACAUGCUCCUAUCUUUGGGCAGUUUCACCCUUUCGUCUCUGCAGCACCAAGCUCCAUCAGAUUGAACGUGAAGAGCUUGUUUUUAUCCAGGAUGUCUCAUUACAUUGCAGCGUUCAGAUUUGAGGCUGUAAUGGCUGCCAAAAAUGCAUCAACAAAGUAUUGAGAAAAGUCUGUAAAUAAUUAUGUACCAUACAUGUGAUUUUUUUUUUUUAAUAAAAAUUUGCAAGCACAGUUUUUAGAUAAAGAAUAUCACAUUGUCAUUAUGGGGUAUUGUGUGCAGAAUUUUGAGAACAAAGAUGGAUUUAUUUCGUUUUGGAAUAACGCUGUAACAUAACAAAAUGUGGAAAAAGUGAAGCACUGUGUAUGCUUUGUGGAUGGAUUGUAUUUUGCCAGUAAGAUCAGGGGCGCCGCCAGGAAUUCUGGGUUUCAUGAGAAAAAAAUCGCCUUGAGCCCCUUAUUAUUAACUGAAUUUUGGUCAAUUGUUUAUUUUUUUGGAAUUGUCGUAACUUUCCCCUGACUGUAAGGCACCCCUGAAAAAGGAUAUUCUGCAUCUAGUUAAACACAAUGUAAGUAUGGACUCCGCAGUUGUAUCAUUCACAAUCGUAUUUUCUAUGAUUUUUAAAAGGAGGAACGUUAUUAAAAAUAUCUCAUGCAAAAAUGUAA